AACAGAAUUAUCACUAGCGCGCUCAGGGAACUUUCUCAGUGAGAAGCAGAAUCAAAUCCCAGAAGUUGAUGGUUUUGAUCUCUGGCCUCACCUGCAUCAUCAUCAUCUUUCUUUCUCUCUCCUAUGGCUGGUUGGUUUUGCCACUGGGAGAGAUAUCUUGGAUGAAGAACAUUAUUGCUUCUGGAACUGCUUGGAAACUAAAUUGCUGCCAUGAGAAAAACAUCGUGGUUGGUGGACAAAAGUAGAAUAGCAACAAAAAUAAAGAGUGCUUCUGGAGCAUGUGAUCCUGAGAAGGUUAUAUGGAAAAGCAAUCCCACCAGAGCUUGCCCAAGUUGUCAGCACAUUAUUGAUAACAGCGAUGUAGCACAAGAAUGGCCUGGAUUGCCAAAGGGCGUGAAAUUUGAUCCAUCCGAUCAAGAUAUAAUAUGCCACUUGCUUGCAAAAGUUGGUGUGGGAAAUUCAAGAUCGCAUCCUUUCAUUGAUGAAUUUAUCACUACUCUUGAAGUGGAUGAUGGAAUUUGUUAUACUCAUCCAAAACAUUUACCCGGUGUUAAUCAAGAUGGAAGUGCAUCCCACUUCUUCCAUAGAGCAAUCAAGGCUUACAAUACUGGCAAUCGAAAGCGUAGAAAAAUACUUGGUCAGGAUUUCAGUGAUGUCCGCUGGCACAAGACUGGAAGAACUAAACCGGUCAUGUUGAACGGGCUUCAAAAGGGAUGUAAAAAGAUUCUGGUUCUUUAUAUGAGUAAAGGAGGUAAAGCAGAGAAAACUAAUUGGGUUAUGCAUCAAUACCAUCUCGGAACACAAGAGGAUGAGAAGGAAGGGGAGUAUGUUGUCUCUAAAAUUUUUUACCAGCAGCAGCACGUCAAAUCUGGCGAUAAAGAUGACCUGGAUAUUCCUGCAAGCACCCUGGAUAUUCCUGAAAGCACUGAAAACAUUGAAUCAACAGCUGCGCAAGUCCAUCCAGUCACCCCCAAAUCAGUGACCCCUGAUCCACCUUGUAACAAAAGACCACAUUCAAACGUUGAUGUGGGGCUAGAAUCGCAUUUCAUUCCUCAGCAUCCUUCGACGGAUUGUGUAGAAGAUGUAUCUCAAGCAGGUGAAGAGCCAAAAACUGAUAUCCCCAAGGAAGAAGCACAAAUUUGUGAUGAAGGAAUAGAUAAUGAUGAAGACGAUGAUGCAAAUGAAGAACAAAAAUGGUGGGAAAGUGAGUCACAGCAUUUGUUGAAUUCACAACAACUCGUCGAAGCAUUGUCCUUGUGUGAGGACCUCCUUCACAGCCAAUCUCCCAACAGAGAUGACAAAAGUGAAGAACACAAGGACCGACCCAGUCUUUCUGUGUAUGCGCAACUAGGACCAGAGCAUCUGAAAAAGGAUCUUGAAGAGUGCCAAAAUCUUGCUAUCGAUCCCGCAAAUAUAGAACUUGAUACGCCUCCUGAGUUUCGACUCAGUCAGCUGGAGUUUGGUUCACAAGAUAGCUACAUUGCCUGGGGUGGCAGCAAGGAAGAGAACUGAUGGUUCUUCACAUGAGAUAUAGAAAAUUAACCUGUUUUGUAACUACUUUUUGUUGCUGGAAGAAACUUCGGUGUAGUUUAUAGGUGUUGAUUAUUAUGUCCUUCAAUAGAAUUAUGACGUGUGGAGAAAUCAUUUCUAAGGAGUCAACAUUAUGACGCUGAAUCAUUAAAACAUGUUCACAUGUUAUAAUUUAUGGGAGAACUUGAUAAUAGACACCUAAGGAACUUUACCAUGUCUUCCCUAUUGUUGAAAAGUUGCCUUGGUUGAUCAAAGGGAUAUUUUGUACUACUACUCCCUUGAUUUACUACUCAAGCUGUAAUGAAAGUCAGUGAACUUAUCAAGUUAAACAAUGACAUGUGGAUUUGCUGUGUU